UGUGUGUGGCUUAACCUGCAGUUGUCAUUGGUGUGUGUGGAGGGGGGGGGGCGUGGUCAUGAUCCUCCUCUCUCAUUGGUCGGAGGUCCUUCUAGGUUUUGAGCCGGCAGCUCGGAUCACACCCGAGUAAAGAGAGAGAGAGAGAGAGAGACGCGCAGACACAGCCAACUCUUGUCUAGUACAGUACACCAGUCUACAAGUCAAGCGCUCACUGUCUCCUGAGCCAACACCACGCACUUCGCUCUCACCGCCCGAUGGAGGCCGAGGUCGGCCUGAUGAACCGCCAGAUCAUGGAUGUGGUCGACCACAACUGCAACAGCAUGCCCGCCGAGCUGGAGGUGAAGAAGCUCCAGGCGCUGGUCCGGAGUCUGGAGCUUCAGAAUCAGCAGCUGAGGAGCCGGCAGAACCGCACUCUGUCCCCGGGCCCCGCGUCCAGCAAACUCGAACACAGGGAGAACAACAACCAUAACAUCAACAACAAGAACACCCCCUCGGGUGUGCUGGCGUAUUUCCAAGCGUAUUUCUCCGAAAAGCAGGCCGGAGAUAGGGAGGCCACCACGGUGAUGGACGACGUGGAGGAGCUGGACCUGGAGGCCAUGUUCUCCUCCAGAGAUUCGGACGACGAGACCUGGCUGUACGUGUCAUCCCGGGCAGCCAUGUGUGCGGACAGCCCCCCCCUGUCUCCUCUGACGUGGUGCAGGAAGGUUCUGGACAGCCCCCGGUCUGAGGGGCCCACGAGGACCCCGUCCCUGAACCUGCAACGAGUCUCCAGGUGGCGCCCCUCCCCCUCCCCCUGCAGCCUCUCCCCCUCCUCCCCCCUCCUGUAUCGCGUGGCGGUGGGGUCCUCGUUCGGCGCCUCCCCCCCGCUCGCCGGCAAGUCCUGCUCCACCCCGCUCUUCUCCCGACGCCCCGCCUCCCCCCUGGCCUCCCCCCUGCUCCUGUCCCCGCGGGGGUCCCUGAGCCCCCUGUUGAAGGAGCCCCUCCCCCCCGCCGAGAGGAGCCCCACCUUCCUCUCUCACCUGGCCCGCCGCGGCUGGAACUCGGCGAGUUUCGACGACGACGAGAGGGACGUCGUCGCCACGAGUUACAAGCUCAAUGACCUCACAGAUGUACAGGUCAUGGCCCGGCUGCAGGAGGAGAGUCUGCGUCAGGACUACGCCAGCACGGCCCCUCGUCGGGAGAGGGGGCCCAGCCUCUCGCGCCGGACCCCCCGUCCCACGGAGGAGGACUGCGGCCCCCUUACCCCUCCCCAGCUCGCUCCCUCCAGCCUCCCCCGGCCCCACACGUUCUCCAGCGCACGGGACUGGCACCGCAGCAGCGUGUCGCUGUACACGCCCCCGGCUACCCCCCCAACCUCCCCCGUCCAAGCGUACGCUUCCAGGGCCUUCUUCGCCUCCCCCCCUCCACGGGCGGGCCCCGCCGGCCCCAGCGCUGCCCAGCCGCAGGCCCCCAGACCCGGAUCAGUAGACAAGCUGCGGCGGAGCAUGCCCAACCUGGUGCGGGCUCCCAGCAUGCCGAGCGUGCACAUCUCGGCCAAUCAGGCGGCUCCCCUCUCCCUGCUGCGUAACAGCCUGAGCUUUGAUUCGUCGCAGACUCAGUUUCACUCCUCCAUCCAGCUGCAGAGCCGCGUCCACAGCGUGGGAAGCUUCUCCACGCCGUCGCCGACGCAACCGCCGAAGGCCACCGCCUACGUCAGCCCCAUCAUCAAGGGCUCGGUUUCUGUGCCGACAGGCAUCCCGUCGCUCGGCAACAAGACCCCCACCCAACCCCCCACGCUGCAUAGCAGCGGCCUGCCGCGCCCGGCCUCAAGCUCCGCCCCCCGGAUCUCCCAGUUGCCACGCAGUUUGUUGACGCCCCCCAAGACUCUGACCCAGCUGACCCCCCUGCGGCACGCCAGCUGGAACGACGGCUGCUACUGAGCCAACAGGAAGCUUACCCCCCCCCCAACCCGCCACCAACACUCCCACUUCCUUCCCUUCUGGCCAAUCGGAGCACUAUCAGGUACCCUGCGUGUAGAAAGGACUUUCCGAGAUUUAGAAAAGGUCGGCCGAGAUCCGCGCAAUUUCGGGGAGAGAGUUUAAAAACGGCGAUAAAAGUGUUUUAUCUUUAAAAGUAUUGCAGCGGCAAACUGCCCGCUACUUCUGUGAGCUUUAGGACUUUCCUUCACGGACUCGGUGAGGUUCAGAGUGGCCACCGGUCGACUGUAGUUUUAAGAGUUUGAUAAUGCCUCCAAUGAGGACGACCAAGUGCAAUAACGCGGCUAACUGACUAUGCUAAUGAUAGUUUUAACCGACGCGCCUCACGUUUUUAUUAGGAUAUUGAAUAUGAUUCAGGUGUGUGUUUUGUGUGUUAGUGGUGGUCUGAAAUACCACUGCUAAAGGCUGCUAUGCUGCUACAACGAUAAUGUCCUUGCUUUUCAGGCAAAAGUGUGUGCGUGUGUGUGUGUGAGUAUUUAAAUGCAAUAUUAUUUAAACUGCCUGAAUGUGUUUGUAAAGUGAUUCAACUGUCCUAAAAGUUUCCAAUUUAAUAAUGUACACACAGAUUUAUGUAUUUUUGCGCACUUUAUAGUUGUAUUCCUGCUAUGACCACUGCACUGAUUGUUACUCUAUGAUUUCUUUCUUUUUCCACCACUAAGUAUGUUGAUUGCACUAAUUUACCCCCUGUCCUAACGAUGCACUUUGUUUUAUAAUCCACCUUUCACACUACCUUGAUACUUUUGUAACUACGUCAAUGAUUGAGGGCAAAGUUUUAAUAAAGCAUUGAAUUAC